AUGGGUAAAUACAUAGACUCAGUUACCCUAUACCGUGAGAAGCCUGUACUACUUCAUGGAUACAUUUGGCCAUUCGUAGCAUUGUACUCCAUUUGGCUUGGAUAUUGGUUUGGAACGUUGGGAGCUACUGAAUAUGUUGAGUUGGGCUUAAUCGGUGUUGCAGUGAUUUCGGUCCUCCACAUACUGACAGCCUUGUUUUGCUAUUGGUUCGUUACAGUUAGAUGUCUUCUUAUGUUCAAGAAAGAGAAACUUGUCUCACAGGCUACUUUUGCUAAAGUUAUACCUCCACCAAACUCUGGAUACCCCGCUAUUGUUCCUAUCUUCCAUACGAAGGUACAGUUUCUGUAUUACUGGUGUGAGAGUAUUCAUGCUGUUAAGUUCCCUCUGUCAUGGUCACUGAGAGAAUAUAAGGAUUGUUUGCGCCUUUCUGUGCCUCCCUUCAUGGAGUUAUUUUUGGAACGCGCCACUGCUCCCUUCUUCGUGUUCCAAGUGUUUAGUGUAUUCCUCUGGUGUCUCGAUGAAUACUGGCUCUACCCUAUAAUGACCCUUAUCCUUCUUGUUCUCUUUGAAAGUGGUCUAGUGAUGCAGCAACUGAAAAACCUGAAAGAAAUUCGCUCAAUGGGUGCUCAACCCUAUCGAAUACAUGUGUACAGGAAUAAAAAAUGGAACACUAUAUCUAGCGAGGAUAUUGUUGCCGGCGACAUUGUUUCAGUCACUCAAUCAUUUCAGGAGAAAUUGAUUCCAUGUGAUUUGCUUCUUUUGCGAGGCACGUGCAUUGUUGAUGAGUCCAUGCUCACUGGUGAAUCUAUUCCAGUAACCAAGGAACCAGUAGAAAGUCUGACAAACAUUAAACCGAUUGACUUCGGCGAAGACGACAAAAUGCACGUCCUCUUUGGUGGCACCAAGAUAGUGCAGAUGACACCACCAGCAAAGCACACAGGCCUCCCUAAAGCGCCGGAUAAUGGUUGCCUGUGUUUUGUACUGCGUACGGGUCUGAGCACCUGUCAGGGGCGUCUUCUCAAGACCAUCAUGUUCAGCGUGAAGGCGAUCACAGCGAACAACCUUGAGACACUAGCCUUUAUUGCCUUUCUGCUCAUUUUCGCCAUUACUGCUUCGGCCUACGUAUGGAUUGUUGGCACUGCGGAUCCUAGAAGGAAUCGGUACAAGCUCUUCCUCGAGUGCACCCUCAUCAUCACCUCGGUUAUUCCUCAGGAACUGCCUAUUGAGCUUUCCCUGGCUGUCAAUACCUCUCUUGCCUCCCUCUCAAAGAUGCUGAUCUACUGCACUGAGCCUUUCCGAAUUCCCCUUGCUGGACGUGUGGAUAUCUGCUGUUUUGAUAAAACUGGCACCCUUACCGAGGAUGAAGUUGUUGUAGAAGGUGUUACUGGUCUCAAUGGUGAGCUGGCGGAAAAAAUCAUUCCCGUGCGCAAGUGUCCCCUUCCCACUGUCCAAGUUCUCGCCUCUGCUCAUGCCCUUGUUCACUCCGAGUCCGGUCUUCUUGGGGACCCCCUAGAGAAGGCCAUGCUUAAGGCUGUUGGUUGGAGUCUCAACGCUGAGGGUGUGGUGCAUGGUAAAACCACCCCUCGAUCACCUCCACUAUUCCGUUUCACGAGUCAGCUGAGACGCAUGUCAACGGUGGUGGGCUACCAAGGCACAACUGAUGUGGAUUUGACCUACAUGGCUUGUGUAAAGGGUUCUCCCGAGGUGCUCAAGUCGAUGUUCGUCGAUUUACCGAUGGACUAUGAUGAUGCCUACCUCCAGAUGGCUCGCAGAGGUGCACGUGUUCUCGCUUUGGGUCACAAAACACUGGGACGACUUAAGCGCGAGGAUGUCGAAAGUAGCCUCACCUUCGCGGGCUUUGUGGUGAUAUCAUGCCCGCUGAAGCCGGACUCAAUGAAAGUCAUUCAGAUGCUCAAGACUUCAUCGCACUACGUCACAAUGGUCACUGGUGACAAUCCACUCACUGCGUGCCACGUGAGUGACCUUCUAGGCAUUACCCGCAAGGAUACGCCCACCCUCGUCUUCACGCCUCCCAAUGAACUCGGUAUGUCUCACAUUGAACUGACGCGGAAAUACGAGUUUUGUCUUACCGGAGACGGGAUUGAGGAACUUCGUCGUAUUUCCUCUCUACUGAAUUGUGUGCUGCCCAAAACGAAGGUGCUAUCCCGAGUGGCGCCCUCUCAAAAGGAGUUUGUACUCGCCAGUCUGCGUGAGCUAGGUUAUACCACUCUAAUGUGUGGUGAUGGCACUAAUGAUGUGGGAGCUCUCAAACAGGCGCAUGUCGGCGUUGCGCUCUUGAAUCAGACUCCGCUCAUGAUGCCGGCGAAAAAUGGCGUCAAACCGCCGCAUCAACUACCAUUACCAUUGACACAAGCGAAUACUGGUCGACGCCAUCAGCCUUUCGGUAACUCUAAGGCUCUCCAGGAUCUUGGUGCUGAGGACGAGGUCCCGGUUGUACGUCUGGGUGAUGCCAGCAUUGCUGCGCCAUUUACAGCCAAGAUGUCCUCCGCCAUUGGAGUCUGCCACAUAAUUCGUCAGGGUCGCUGCACUCUCGUGACAACACUGCAGAUGUUCAAGAUCCUCGCCAUCAAUUGCCUUAUCUCUGCCUACAGUCUCUCGGUGCUGUUUCUGAAAGGUUUUAAGAUCUCCGAUUGCCAGACCACUAUCCAAGCCCUCCUUAUGACUGGUUGCUUUCUCUUUAUCUCGCGCUCCAAGCCUCUGGAGAAGCUGUCACCACGACGCCCUCUGCCGAAUGUUUUCAACCUUUACACCCUCCUCACCGUAGGUGGACAAUUUGCUGUCCACUUUACUGCUCUCUACACCCUCAUGAAUGCUGCUGAGGCUCAAAUACCCGAAGGUGAAUUAAUUGAUAUCUAUGCUGAUUUCAAACCGACAGUGCUCAAUACGGCAGUGUACCUUAUCUCUACCGCCUUACAAGUACGUAUUUCUACGAUCGCGGUGAACUACGAGGGUCACCCUUUUCGAGAGUCUCUGUUCGAGAAUCGGCCCCUACUGAAUGGUCUGGUUUUUGUCACCGCUGGAGUCGUUGCUUUGGCCUUUGGUGCUUUCUCCGACAGUCUGGAGUUGGUUCUCUUGGAUAACAGUGUAAGCCUAGUGACCAUCGCUGCUUUUGCUUGA